AUGAGUCAGGCAGCGCAUUCCAAAACGAUCGACGAUCAUGGACUGGACCACGAAAUUGAUGGCAUUCUAGUCAGUUUAACACCAAAACUGCUCAUCGGGAGUGAGACGCCAGCGUUGCUGAAAACAACUGGUGGUCAGUACAAAGUUGCAAAAGACGUUCCCGGUAUACCGUUGCGCUUUGCUUUCAGACUAAACAAUGCAGCAAGGUGCACUUCUAAAGAAAUGGCAGAGCAUGAGGCUCAGCAUAGAGUAAAGAAUGUUUCGGGGGCCUAUGCAGUUGAACGGAGGGUUGUCAACCGUGUGGUCUUCCGCAAUAUCUGGAAACUGAGACGCGGAAAAUAG